AUGCACACAGAGAUCGGUGGGCAUGAACAGGCCGGAGCCGUAGACGUUUCCACUCGCGACCUUGUUGUGUCGGAGGGAGGGCCGCUUCCCGAGAGUUCGCGUUCCAGCAAACGUACUGCGGUGUAUCUGCAGGACGACUGCCUUAAACACCGCUACAUAAGGUCGAAGGAUACCUCGGGUAUCGUGGAGCGUCCCGAACGCCUUCGCGCAGUCAAAGUAGGUCUUUCAGCAGCGAUUGCUCACGCAGGCGAGGUUUCCGCGAAACACACUGCACGCAGGAAUGAUAGCACGACUGGCAAAAUCACUUCUACAGAAACAGACACAUUGGUGUCUGCCCUGGAGCGUAUGAAUAUCGGACAGGCCCAAGAUCAGCAAUUAUGGCCUUCCUCUGUUACUUUUUACCGCACUGCAGCGAAGGUUGAUUUACUCGAUCACCCUGCCGUGAAGUAUGUUCACGGGGACGUCGAGGGCGACGUGUAUCUCGAAAACCUCACUGCAUGGGCACGAGACAGCCAAGAAAAUAUCCAAAAGAAGGGUCUCGAAAUCCCAGAUGGGAUCCCGCCGCUGGAUUUGUAUCUCUGCCCAACGUCCAUGGACGCUAUUCAAGGGGCUGUUGGCGCGGUAUGCGAAGCCGUCGACAACGUACUCACCUCUGAUGCAGGGGGUAGUAAGGGCUGCGAACGGGCCUUCGUGGCAAUUCGACCUCCAGGUCAUCACUGCGGCGAGGACACUCCUAGUGGUUUUUGUUUCGUCAACAACGUGGUCAUUGGUGCUGCACAUGCGCAUCUGAAGCACAAUAUCAAACGAGUUAUUAUACUUGACAUCGACCUGCAUCAUGGUAAUGGUACACAAUCACUCGCGUGGCAGAUAAAUGAAGAGACCUAUCUCAAGUCACUGGAGUCUGAGGGUUCACAAAACAACAUGCCUCCCACGCAGAGUGGUCUUCAAAUAUACUACGGAUCACUUCACGACAUCCUCUCGUACCCGUGCGAGGAUGGCAAGCUGCACAUGGUUCAGGCAGCUUCAACUUCUAUCCACGGUCCGCACGGACAACAUGUUGAAAACAUUCAUCUUCAGCAAUAUGAUUCUAGCGAGCACUUCUGGGGCACACUCUAUCCUAAGUACCUUAAUCUCAUCCACCGCGCGAGAGACUUCCUUGAUCGUACAGGAGGACCCGGGGACGACGUCCUUAUAUUCAUUAGUUGCGGCUUCGACGCUUGCGAACACGAAUACCCGUCCAUGUCCCGUCAUGGUCGCAGGGUCCCUGUAUCUUUUUAUCAUCGCUUCACUCGUGAUACACGCUCCCUUGCUGAUCAGUACGCACGAGGACGUCUAGUUAGUGUACUCGAAGGGGGAUAUAGUGACAAAGCCCUCUUAAGUGGCGCUAUGGCCCAUGUAUGCGGUUUAGUGGAGUUGGAAGGGGAGGAUGGGAGCUGGGUAGACCAAGAAUGGUGGAACACGGAAAACAUAAACAAACUAGAAAAGGUUAUCAAGACCCGAAAGGGUCUUCGUCCAUCGGUACCUUCCGCUCCAGAGGAUUGGCUUUCUCGUACUGUGGAGAUACUUGCUACCCUGGAUCCAAAGCCCACCUCUUCGCCUGCAAGUUCUCGCAGUAGUCGUGCCCCCCCAACAGUUCGGACGCUUCGUAAACGAAAGAAGGAUCCAGGUGGCACUCCAAGUGAUUCCGGGAGUACGACGUUAUCUGGAAGCACGAAGAACACUUCGUCUUCUGCACUUGAGGGUCCUAGUGGGGGAUAUUCUCCAACGCCAGAGACGGAGACGAAGAUUGAAGACAGCUCGACGCAGCGUACUGCCUUUGUAGCUUCUGCCAGUAGUAGAAAGAAGCUGCCUAGGGUUAUUCUUCACGUCCGUCCUCCAGCGACUUGA